AUGCAAGGUUCGAGUCUUAAUCAAGCUUCAAUCAGCUUCGAGCUUUAUUUCAGCUCCACUUGGAGAAUGAAUUUGUGUGUUAAUCAUGUUACAACAAUCAGUAAUGGAUUUGUUUAUUUGACAGUUGUUUCUGAAUCAAUUUUAAAGUCACGAAGAAUGAAGGAAGAGAGAAAGAAAGUCUGA